AUGAGACUUGGUCAGGUACCACUCGACAGUCUGUAUCAGUUGCAACUAAUCGCAAGGAUCGGAGCCGCUGCGGCAGCACUCAUCUUCCAGACAGCCGACACCUUGCUUAAUCAACCGGCCAAUGGCAGCAUGCACAUGGUCCAGCAUACUGUGGACGUCGUGGACGCUUUACCAGUGUCCGAAAUACAAGCCUCAGCCGAAUCGCCCGCUCCUCAAGACGCCUUGGUUUCUGAUCUUGUUGAGGCCCUUUGA